AUGGCUUUCAAAACAAGUCUUUACCUGCUGCUCGCGCUGCUGCUCGCUGUCGGCGCGGCGCACGCCAUGGUGGUGCAGCUGGAGGUGCUGGUCCUCACGGCCCCAGGCUUUGCAGGCACGGACUUUAUCACCAAAGUGAUGCGCGGCUACGGCGCCCCCUUCACGGUGGUGCCAGUCAGCCCCGGCUCCUCCCUCAAUCUGACAGAGCUCCUGUGGGCCCCUGACGGCUCGGCCCGCUUUGCCGGCUACGUCAUGUACCCCAACCUCGAGGCCACCGGCUACCUGACCAGGGCGCAGGUCGAGGUGCUCUGGAACUUCCAGCGCAAGACGGGCGCCCGAAGCGUCAAGUUUGGCGCCUGGCCGACGAACGUCGGCCUGGACCCGGACACGCUCUCCUGCAGUUCAAAAGACAUCCCCAUGACCUUCACCGCGGACGCGCCGAUUGGCGUGUCUCGCGUCAACCCCGCGGCUCGCCUGACCAGCGGCGGCCUUUGGAGGUGCCCCGGCAAGGCGGUGCCACUCUCCACCUGCUCCAUGUGGGCCAGCGACUUUGCUGGCACCGGCCUGCACCCGCCCUGCACGCCGAAGCCAAUCCUGCAAUUUGAGCCCCAGCAGCUUGGUGCCGCGCCCCAAGUGGCGGGCGCUCUCGUCAAGUACCAAGACGGCCGCGAGUCCCUGGCGUUUGUGUUUGACUGCUCGAGCUUCAGUGCCAGCUGCAUGCUGCUGGGCCACGUGUCCCUUGGCUGGAUGCUGCAGGGGCUCGUGCCCGGGGAGCGGCAGGCGCUGCUUUCUGUGCAGCUUGGUAAGGCGCUGCGUGGUGUUGCAGGGGUUGGGGAUUUGAGGUGA